GGAUGACCGUACGCCUUCAGUGUCUCGACUCGCGCACGCUCGUCUAUAAUAUUUAUUAUAUUACCACUUUUCUACAACUGCUACCCAUUUAUAGUAUACCUACCGCAGCAAUACCGCGGUUGUUCUUCCAAACCGACAUUGGCCCGCUGUCAGCUCGGAAAAGUUCUGCACAUAAAUAGCUAAAUAUAAUAUAGAUACGCCGAUAUACUGCUACAAUGUCACCCUACACGCAGCUGCGGUCACUGGUCGUAGUCGCCAUCGCCACAUCAUCACUGCUGCAGAUGACGUCGGGCAGCCCCUUGUCGGUGUACGGUUACGGAGCGGCCGCUCAGCCAUCGCCCGACUACCGACACAACGGCUACUACGGGCGCGCGGCCGCGGCCGACGAGCACGCCGCCGCCCCGCCUAAAUACAACUUCGCGUACGACGUGUCCGACGCGUACACGGGCGACUACAAGUCGCAGACCGAAGUGAGAGACGGCAACAACGUCAAGGGACAAUACACGGUCGUCGAACCGGACGGUACCAGGCGCGUGGUGGACUACACGGCUGACGAGGAGAACGGCUUCAACGCGGUCGUGUCCAAGGAGGGCCACCCGGCCGCCGAUGCUCCUGCUUACCGACCCGUAGCCGCCGCUCCCGCUUACCGACCGGCCGCCGCCGCUCCCACUUACCGACCGGCCGCCGAUGCUCCCGCUUAUCGACCCGCCGCCGUCCCUUCUUACCGACCGGCCUACAAACCGGCCUACAAGCCAUCCCUGUCCGCCGCUUACCGUCCGGCACCAGCCGCCGUCUACCAGCACGCCGCCGAUGCCGCCGCCCAGCCGCCGGCUUACCCGGACGCCCCGUUGUACAAAUCCGCCUACAAGCAGCCACCUUCCUAUUACCCAUACAGAUCGUACUGAUCUAGUCGGUUUAAUGUUUAUAAUAAUAUUAUUAUAUCGUUCAGUGACUAUAAUAUUCUUAUUACCUAUGACUGUAUAUUGUUCAUUAUCACUACCUAUUAUUAAAAUAUUGUUAAACGAGAUUGAUUCACAAUAAAUAAAAUAAUAUAAUAUA